GAGGAGCCAGCAUAUCCAGGCUAUAAUUCUAAUUACUGGAAUUCUUCUGCACGGCCCAGGGCUCCGUACCCAAGUACAUAUCCUGUAAGACCAGAAUUGCAAGGCCAGAGUGUGAAUUCUUACACAAACGGAGCAUAUGGUGCACCGUACCCUCCUGGCCCUGGGGCGAAUGCCGCCUCGUACUCUGGGGCGUACUAUGCACCUGGAUACACUCAGACCAGUUACUCUACCGAAGUUCCCAGCACUUACCGUUCACCUGGCAAUAGCCCAAGCCCGGUCUCCCGGUGGCUGUACCCACAGCAGGACUGUCAGACUGAGGCGCCCCCUCUCAGGGGCCAGGUUCCGGGGUACCCUGCUUCACAGAACCCUGGAAUGGCCCUGCCCCAGUAUCCCUACGGGGAUGGUAGUCGGAGCGUCCCACAGGCAGGACCCGCCGCACGACCACAGGAGGAUGCGUGGGCCUCUCCCGGGGCUUACGGCAUGGGCGCCCGCUACCCCUGGCCUUCAGCUGCACCCUCAGCCACCCCCGGGGCACUCUACAUGACCGAAGGCACUUCUUCGUGGCCUAGCAGUGGCUCCCCUCAGUCACCGCCAUCCCCACCACCCCAGCAGCCCAAGGAGCCCUCAUACCCCUAUAGCCAGUCAGAUCAAGGCCUGAGUCGGCACAGCUUUCCGUGCAGCGUCCACCAGUACGAGCCCUCGGGGACCAUGAACAGUGAUCACCCGGAGCUCCUGGAUGCCCGAGUCCAGUACAGCGCCGAGCCGCAGCUGUACGGCGGUGCCGCCAGCGACCACCCCAGCAGUGAGGACCAGGGCAGCCAUCUCCCCGAGGAGUGCCUACCUGCACAGGAAAGUACGCCUCCAGGGAUUAAGAAAAUCAUCCACGUGCUGGAGAAGGUCCAGUACCUCGAACAAGAAGUAGAAGAGUUCGUGGGGAAAAAGACAGACAAAGCGUACUGGCUCCUCGAGGAGAUGCUGACCAAGGAGCUUCUGGAACUGGAUUCGGUUGAAACUGGGGGCCAGGAUUCGGUCCGGCAGGCCAGAAAGGAGGCCGUUUGUAAGAUCCAGGCCAUACUGGAGAAAUUAGAAAAGAAAGGGUUAUGAAAGGAUUUAGAACAAAACAAAAGCCUGUUACUAACUUGGCCAAAGAACUCUUGCUUUUGGUUAAUUACCCUCUUUUUGAAAUGCUUGUUGACAAGAAGCAAUACAUUCCAACUUUCCUUUGGUUUAAAACUUGAAAAACUGGCAAAGGAAUGGAAGAACAUUUUAGUUCUGAGUUGUUUUCGGUUUUCAGACGAAUGAAUGUAAUAGGACACUGUGGAGUUACUGAUAUUGCCAAGCAGACUCACUCCUUGCGCGAUCUGUGGGUAUUUGCAAGCUGCUUCUUCCCAGCAGGAGGGGAAUAUGCUUUAUGUAACAGGCUUAUCUGAGACCUGCCAGAUGAGACUGGAGAAAAGCGGAGACCAGCAGGCCGUGUUCUCCGACAUCUGGACUGUCAUGUGUCUGUACAUCGUGACUGCUUUCAGCGUGCACCCUGUGUAAAUUACAGCUUCGAGUCUAGCCUUCUUGGACUGUUUCGUUUUGUUAUUUGCAGUUCACAAAUAUAGUAUUAUUCUCUAUUUCUUGGUACAUUUUGUAGUAAUAUGUUUAAUAUAAUUAUUCAAGAGACUAUAUUGACAGCCGGAUGGCAUUGCCAUUGAAUGUGUACCUUUCCAGCACUUGACCACGUUGCAGUGCAGUGAGUUCUUGAGGUCAGUCGCCUCCCCUUUUGUACAGCCCGUUAGAUUAGAGUUUUCAUCCUCCUUCCGUGGUGGUAGUGAGAAGUAAGUAGGAAAUGGCAUUGACAUAAGGACGAGAAUGUUCGUGGACGCUUUUCUUUUCUGCUUUUUAAAUUGUAUUUGUAUAAAGAUCCACUCUAAAAUCGCCUUUUCUUUUUAAACAAAGUGUAAUUAUCUCCUCGCGGUUGCUGCUUCCAUAGAGCACGGUGAUACAGAUGAAAAAUGAAAUGCCACAGUGAGUAGAAGUCUUGACUACGAAAAGUAACGGGUGUGAUCGUUUGGUGGUAAUGCUGUUCUCAAGCUGCAAUGCUGGUUUCACCAUCAAGGCCCUUAUCGGCAGAUUUCAGCUCAACUUCUGGUUGGGAGCAGGGCAGAAUGGGAUUUGAGCUCAGGGAAUGGGUUAGCCAUAGUUAGGUUGGGUACUUAUUCUCUUCUUUUAAAGGUAUGCCCACAUUUCUCCUCACCUCCCUAGAAUACAUUGCGUGGACAGGCUUGCCUGUUCCAUACAAAGUUGUUCCUUACUGUAGGUGACAGUCCAUUUGGACCCAGACUCAAGGAAGGGAUACUGAAAGGGUCUCAGCUGGCCCUGUCCGAGAAGCUUAGCUCUAUUGGCAUAUUACGAAACACACUUAGUAAAUGCUUGGGUUUUACAUCUGCGGGGAGGUCCAGGGUGCCGUGUCGGUUACUGGAAAAGCAACUACUUCCUAACAGGUCCAUGUGGUUUUCUGUCCAGGUUGCCAGGCCAUUUAUUGAUACUAAAGCUGUCAGCCAUUUUUCUCCACUCAGAAACAAACUAAACCAAUACAAAUAAAUCCCCGACGAGAAGAAAGGUAGUAAAAAUCCCGCCUGGAUCUUACGAUUAGGAUGAGUGAUUUUGCAGGGUAAUAUGGUAAUAACUUUGUUCUAGGAUUUUCGUUUAUGCCCUUAGAUAGGGAUAUUUUAAAAAGGCUUGUCUGUGAAAAUUACAAAAUUUUACUUGAGACUACAGUGUAAAAGGUGGAAAACUGUAAAGCUAAGUUACCAGAGAGGCGAUGAGUGAGCCAGAGGAGAACACCGCUAACAGUGCCCAAGAUGCCAGUUUCCGCGAAGUCUUGAUUUAUAUAUGACUUACACGUGUUAUUUAUAUACAUUAUACACAUAUAUACGAUGUGUGUUGUGUUUUCUAAGAAUUAUUUUUAAAAUUUUCGAGAUGAUUUUAGAUUUGCAAGAGAGUCGUAGAAAUAGUACAGAGCUCCCGUGUGCCGUCUGCCCGCCUUCCCUGGUACCGUCUCACGUAACCACAGAACAUUUGUGAAAAUGAAGCAAUUAACCUUGAUACAAUACUGUGAACUGAAAACAGAGAGUUUAAAAAGUAGAGAUUCUAUUAGCUUCUUUGCCAAUGUCCUAUUACCGUUCUACAACCCGACCCAGGGUCUUGUGUUCAGUUGUCACGUCUCUGAUGUGCCCUCCCGUCUGUGACCAAGGGUUGCAGCGGAAGCGGCCCGGUGGUGUACUGUUUUCCUGGUGUCGCUGACCUGGACUACCAUGCCAGGUGCCUACUAGGGUUCUCUACUGUGAACGUCACUGUGUUUUCCUUCGUAAUUACUGCAGAUCUGCUGGAGAUACUUUGAGACUAUGCAAAUGUCCUGUUUCCGCUUAAACUCUCGCCCACGCGUUUUCCUCUGCGUUGGCAGACCCUGCUUGUGGUGGUUACCAUCGUGGUGUUCUGAUAGUGAUGUUCUCUCUCUUGCUUUCUUUCCACAGUUGUUCAUUGGACUUCUUCUAUAGGAGAGUUGUGACUUCUGGAUUUAUAUUUUAAUUAUAAGAUAUUCAGGAUAAGUACAAACAUAGAACUUAAAUAUGUAAACCAUGUUAAAAUGAUUCCAAAUACAUUAACAAAGAAAAGCCAAUGGAGUUGAUAACCUGUCUCAGAAAAUAGGAUGAACUUAAAGAUACAACUUGUACUGAAUAGGGUAGACCUGGUUCGACUGUUGACCUAAUUUUGACUUCAGACUGAAUUCAAAAUUUUCUUGUAAUUUUACAUCUGGAUUUUUAAAAAGUGUCAAAAUUUACAGUACUUUGUCAAAACCUUGAAUAAAGCAUCUGAGACCUGGCAUGAUGAA